CCUUGAACUACCUUUUACACAAAAGACCCUCAUUGACGUUUCUGCAGUGCAGUUUUUAAUUGUCAAAUAUUUUUUAUAAAUAAUACAAAGGGUCCUUUUCGAAGCAGGACUCUUUGUACUCAAUACAAGUUUGUCAGAACUCAUUUUCAGAACAUAAAGUAUGUAAGAUGACCUCAAUAAGUAGUAGUAACGUAUCUGCGCAAAGGUCUCCAAUAAUUCAAGCAGAUAUAAGGAGUAAAUCAUGUGAUACGGUUUGUACCUCAAAUUCAAGUUGUUUUUUCAAAAAAAGAAAACCGAUGAAUCCCUUAGCUUACUCGAUAAGGCCGACAUAUCAUAAGGCGAAUAAUAAUCCAGUGAAACAGAGAGUUAUGUCUGCUAAAUUGCUGAAAUUGAGGCAGUUACAAAGUCAGUUGAAUGAUGCGAAUUUUCAUCUGGUUGAGGUUGCUAGAGAAAACCAAGUAUUAAAAACGUUGCAAAAGAGACAAGAUAAGGCUUUAUCAAAAUAUGAAAAUACAAACGCUGAUUUGCCACGUCUUCUACACUCGCACGAAGAAGAGAUCCGUGUUCUGUCAGACCGAAAUAAAAAUUUAAAGAAACACGUUAAAGAUCUCACAGAACAAUUGAAACUAAGAGAAGAUGAAUUGCUAAGAGUCAGAGAACAGCUAUCCCAUUUGGAAAAACUAAACAGGGAUAAGCAUUUAGUGGAAAGGGAAAAACUAACCGAUCAAAUGGAAGAUAUGAAGAUCAGGCUGCAAAAAAGCGAGGAACAAGUGAUAGUGUUGAAUAGGAAAUUAAUUUUGGAAGGUAAAACAUCUAGGCAGAGAUUAAACUCGGAGUUGACCCGGUAUAAACAGAGUCAAAGGGAGUUGCUGCAUGCUCUGGAUGAGAUUGACAGGCUCAGUGGAUUACUUGAGGCUAAAGAAAAUGUAGUGCGUCCUAGAAACCCGAGAUUCCUUAAAGGAAACAUGAGGGAUUCCGUGUCUUUGAUGAGCCUGAAGAAUUUACAAUGUCAGAAAGCGCAAGUCAGUAACGAAAAACUGAACGGUUUGAAAGAAAUCAGUCAAACUCCCGUGACUGAAGUGAAACUAGAACCCUUGGGAAGUGCAUUUGGUAGGAAAGAUUCUGGAAGUAGUGGUUCCAGGAAGAACAGUGGAAGUUUUAGAGCUCCCAUGGAGAAUAUCAAGCAAAGACUGACAGGAGAUGGGCAGAAAAAUAAUGAAAUUAAUGGAAAUAUGGAUGAUAAUCCAGAUGAUAGGGAAACGUCUUCGUCAAGUCUGAAAAAUCGACCUAGUAGUUCUGUUAAGUUAGAGAAACUACCUAUGGUCGUGGAAAAUCAAAAAACGAAGAGCGAAGACGUGAAUAAAGAGGUUUUUGAAGAAAAAAAUCGCACAGAAUUAAUAUUUCCUAGUAUACGUAAUAGUAAAAUAAUUACUGAGAAAUUUAUAAGCGAAGAACGACGGGUAAGCGAGAUGCAAGCACAAUCCAAACAGGUGAGUUUUAGUGAAGACACUAAAGAAGAUGAAUACGAAAAUUCUUCUGGCGAUGAACUGACAAAUAUUAUGCAUCAAAUAAAGAGGGAAAAAGACACUAAACUGGCUUUACUGAAAAUGAAUAGAAACAAACUUGACAAUACGGAUGGCAACAGUUCGAACGGUAGCUGCGAACAGGGUGAGGAAGAUUUUGAAAAACUUACUGAAUCUUUAGACGCUGCUAUACAAAGAGCUACCGAAAAUUCCAAGGAAGAAUUCGACAAAAAGUUGGGAAACUACUGUUCAGAAGUUUUAUCUAGCGUAAAAAACUGUAACAAAGUAAUCGAGGUGCACAAAGAAAGUCUUCUUUCGUCGAAAAAAGAUACGAAUUCUUUGAUAGACACGCUGAGAAGAACAGAGGCUGCCGAACACAAAUUGAAAAAUUCCUUUUUUGACAUGAACGACGAUAUGUCGUUUGUCCAGGAAAUACUUAACGAGGAAUACAAGUUUCAACUGGCGCACAAUGAUUCCAUGAAAAAUCCCAACCAAGACAAGAAACCAUUGGUGAAUCUAGAGAAUAAGAAAAAACUGUUGGCAACACUGCGUGCAAUAGACAACGGUGAUAGUAUCGAGAGCUUAGAAGAAUCUAAACCGAAUAUGAUGAAAGAGAUAUUUGGUCACAUAGCCCAUUAACCGAUUUCAAAAAAUACAUAAUUAUAAUGGAACAAGAAUAACAAAAUGUUAUAUAUAAUAUAUAUUUAUU